AUGAACCAACAGAAAACACCAAAAAAAAAGUCAUCCAAUGGCACACACGUGGAAGCGGGUGUGCAAGAUAUUGCCAAUGCGGCAGCGGCUGACGGGGCCAACGUUCUGCCGCCGCGACGCCUCUCACUUCGGGCUCGCUGCGCUGAUGAGCACACACCGCAUGAGAAGCAGCCAACAACACCUCGGCGCCUGUCGGAGACAGGAGAACCAGUGCAGCAGCAGCAGCAGCAGGAUCACACCGGUGAGUUCUCGGAUGCCAACUCGGAGGAGCCCCAAGCUGAGAUGGCGGCGCCGGUACCGGUGCCGCAGUGGCAGCAGGAAAACACCGCCGUGAUGUCAUACCGGAAGGUCUUUGAGGGCGAUGGGUGGCCGGCGCUGCUGUCCUCUGCACGUGACAACAUCGAGCGGACGCUACUCAACGAAACAUCCAAGGCAACAGGGUUGCAUGACAGCUGCAUCCGCAUCGUUGAUAUGGACACUGAAGGAGAGAAACUUGUUGCAGAGCUCGCGCUGGUGUACGAAGCCACAAAGUCGGAGGCAAGUAUGCGAGACACCUUGGACAACUACCCAUUUGAUGGAAUGAAAAUGCUGCUGGAGAUCAAGGCAGAGGCGAGGGAACAGCAGCCCACGGGGCUCGGGGCACUUCUGCAAAACAUGGCAAUGCAGAGGGAAGAAGAGGAUGGUGAAAGUGCCUCUUCUGCGAGUGGAGCGGGCGAAAAGGGGGAGGAGGAGGCAGCGGAUGGCGUAGACGCCCCUCCGAAGAAGACAGAGGACACGACGGCCACGGCACUGCAGGGAGAAAAGGCAACAGGCCCAAAGGUGACGAAGAAACCCUCAGCGAAGGCGCCAGUAGAGAAGUCCUCGCGGAGAACGAUAACGCCACGGUCGGCGGCGACCACGCCUCGUGGGACGCACAAGCCUCAAGCUGCUCCCAGCACGCCUCGCCGUGCAGCCACCCCUCGUGGGACGCACAAGCCUCAAGCUGCUCCCAGCACGCCUCGCCGUGCAGCCACGCCUCGUGGGACGCACACGCACCAAGCUGCUCCCAGCACGCCUCGCCGUACAGCCACGCCUCGUGGGACGCACAAGCGCCAGGCUCCUGCGACGCCUCGUCGCGGUGGCAAAGAUCGUAGGGCAGAUUUGUCUCGUGGCCCAGACGAGCGUCGCGCCAUAAGCACGCCCUGCGAGGCAGUUACACCGCGCGGCUUGAGCACGCCACGCUCCCCGGGCAAGCAUCAUCAUGCCGCGGAAGCCAUGACCCCACUGGGAAGUCUUGAAAGAACCCCCCGCACUCCACGUUUGCCACGCACACCUCGCCACACCGGCACUCCACGUAGUCCACACCAGGGCGUGCGUGGCAUCGCUACGCUGCAGUUGCCCGCACGCGGGGUGACCCCUGAUCGCGCACACUCCGCCACACCGACUCGAAGCAAUGGUCGGUACUUCCACCCGCAGCCGUUUGCUGUGGAUGCAGGAGCUGCCAUCUCGCCCCGCAAGCACAAGACUGGUGUGCGGCGUGGGGAAAAACGCCCAAUUCCACCACAGCGGGUCGAGCGCGUGGGUGGUCCGUGCUGCAGACAGACUCCGCGAGUCGGUGUGAGUGAAGAAUCGGCGCAUCCAGCGAGCAUUGUACCGCCGGAUCCUGUGACUUCUGAUGUCGUGGACGUCAGUGCGCCAGCGGCGGCAACCGCGCCUCUGAGUGUUGGAAGCGAGCCCCACACCUACGAAAAUGAGCAUCACAUUGAUGAUGAUAGCCACCACGCAUUCGGCCAUGAGAAUCACACGGAGGGCAGCGAACACCAUGCCAGCUAUGCCGAUGCACCCGUAACGACAACGAAGGUGGUGACGGAAGAGGAAGGAGAAAACACGCUCAUUUCGAUGGAGAAGCUUCGUCCGGCCGCUGUUGAAAAGACACCUGGCAUCUCACGUGUGUCGCGUUCACGGUCGCGGUCACCGCCAAAGCAGGGGGCUGCGUAG